GGCCCUUAGUCCCCUUUGGCCGUGUGGGAAGGCCAACUUUACUGCAAUCAGCUCUGCAAUCAGCUACUUCCGGGUUUAACCCCCAAACACUUCUCUUCACAUUUUGACCUUCCUUCGAUGCCUGCCGAUUCCUUUGCCUACGGUCGGUAGUGACCAUGAAAUUGCGACUCAGCUGCGAUGUUCCGAAUCCUUGAAUCGCAAGCUCCGGCCAAACAAACGGCUACGGACACAAUCGAUGUUUUGAGCAGUAGGUUGCAGAGCGCAACCUUGUUGGAGGAUCGACGUGCAGCGAUCCAGGGUCUCAGAAGCUUCGCGAAGCUCUAUCCUGCAUCGGUAGCUUCUGGCGGUCUUCGAUCGCUGAUCGGCUGUCUGCACAAUGAUCGGGAGGAUGUGGACACCAUCAAAGUGGUCCUCGAGACCCUUUUGAUGCUGUUUACUCCAGAGGAGACAAGUCCCGAAGCGUCAGAUGAGAUCGCUCUCUGGCUGGCAGAUGAAUUCACUCAGCGCCAAGACAAUAUCACUACUCUGCUCGAUCUACUCGAAGCUCGAGACUUCUAUUCGCGCCUGUAUUCCCUCCAAUUGAUGUCCCAUAUCUGCAAUGCCAGACCGGAGCGAACACAAGAGUGCAUCUUCACCGCGCCAUUGGGUAUCUCAAGGCUGGUGAAUGUGCUUACAGAUACCAGGGAACCUGUGAGAAACGAGGCUCUCGUUCUGCUUAUCGCCUUGACGCCCGCCUCGGAAGAGCUUCAGAAGCUUGUCGCCUUCGAGAAUGCUUUUGAAAUCAUUUUCUCUCUCAUCGAAGCGGAGGGUGCCUUGACCCUUGGCACUGAAGUCGUCGAGGAUUGUCUCACUUUGCUCGCCCAUCUACUAAAGUUCAACGUUUCCAACCAGUCGUUCUUUCGCGAAACUGGAUGCGUGAAGAAGGUGACGAAGCUUCUCCACGAAUGUCAGCUAGAGCUGGCUCAAGGUGAAGACACUCCUGCGCAAUGGACUCUCGUUCACAGAGACAAGAACGUUUGGGGUCUGCUGGCCAUCAUCCAAUUAUUCCUUAUCCGUGGUGGCGUGGGGACACCCAUGAACCAGACAGCUUUCUGGCAGAAUGGUGUGACGGAGCAGGUUCUCAGCAUAGCUUUCGGCCAGAAGUUCGGCGUGAAUGUCACGUCCAAGGCUUUGGCAACCUGUGCUGAUCUAAUCCGCGGAAACUCGCCAUUGCAGGAGAGCUUCGGAGACAUUGAAGUCUUAUGGGGCUCCCAAGCACCAAAGGAUCAAACCGCCAAUGGCCAUGUGGAGGAACCCGAACGAAUCAAUGUUAUUGAGGCGUUCUUGAAGCUCAGUCUCCAGCCUUCUCCCAAUAGCAUGCUGGAUGCACGUCUCGCCGCUUGUGAAUGUAUGAAGGCAUUCUUUGCCCAUCAUCCCGGGAUUCGCAUGCAUGUUCUUAAGCGUGCCAUCGAAGGCCACGUCAGCGGGCAAGAUCGAAUCCCCAACAUUCUAUCUGUCCUACUCAUAGCACCAGAUGCGAGAGGUAAUGCUGACCCAUAUCAAGUUUGGAUGGCGUCUGUUCUGUUGUUCCACCUAAUUUUCGACGACGGCGAGGCAAAAGCCAUCGCUAUGCAGGUUACAGAGGGUGAUGCCGAAAGUGGCGAAGAGGUAGUCACCAGUGUCCAGUCGGUGGUUGGCAACUUGAUCACUGGAUUGCAACGUGGCGACGAUGAAAGGAUUACCGUGGGCUACCUGAUGUUACUCUGCGGCUGGCUUUUCGAGGAUCCGGACGUCGUGAAUGACCUUCUCGUUGAGGGCAGCAGCAUUCAAACACUUUUGCAAGAGAUCAAGCACCAAAGAACUCCUAGCAAGUUGAUACCUGGCCUCUGCACCGUCUUGUUGGGAAUCAUCUACGAGUUUUCGACCAAGGAUUCCCCGAUCCCACGAGUCACAUUGCACAAACUGCUCAUCGAGCAGCUUGGAAGAGAACAAUACAUUGACAAGAUCACCAAGCUGCGAGAAUGUCCCUUAGUUCGUGACUUUGAGGUCUUGCCGCAAACUGCUGCAGGGCAGAUCGAUGGACUACCUGAGGUUUUCUUUGAUCGCUCAUUUGUUGAGUUCCUCAAGGAUAAUUUUAGCCGUUUGAUACGAGCGAUCGACCGGGAGCCGGGCUUCGAGGUCUCUGUUGUUGCCAAUGGUGUCGAAAAGGGUGUCUCGCGAGAUCUGGUGGACUCCCUACGCGCUGAAUUGGAAGACCGAGGCCAAACAAUUCAAAAACUGGAAUCAGAUCUCGUCACUAUCCAGCGAAAACUUGACCAAGAACACCUGGAUCAUCGGAAGACAAAAGAAUCGGGCUCGUUUGAAUUAUCGAAAGCCCAACAGGCACUUCAGUCUGUGCAGACGUCACAUGGUCAGGAACUGUUCAAACUGGAAGAGCAGCAUAAACAGUCGAAAAACGAGCUUCUCAAACAACAUGGUGAACAACUUCGUGCUAUUGAUAACCAACUCAAGCAGGCCUCGACCGAAUAUGAGCGCAAGGGCACGAAAAUGCAAGAACAUCACAAGCAGGAAGUUGCUAGCAUGCAGAAGACCAUUGGUGGGCUGGAGUCAGAGCUCUCGAAGGCUCGGGAGAAGCAUGCUGGUGAAGCUGCUGCCUUGAGAAGGACAGUCCAGGACUUGGAGUCCGCCCUCAGCCAGUCAAAGAAAUCCAAUGCGGGUCAGGUUGCGGAUCUUCAGCAAAAGCUUCACAGUCUGGAAUCCACCAUUGAUUCCUCCAAGAGCCAACACGAGUCCGAGAUCACUAGUUUCAAGACUACAAUUCAAUCUUUAGAAUCCGAUCUAGCUGCUGCAAAGGCACAGCACCAGGCCGAGAUUGCUGAUUCCAAGCAAUCCCUUGCGGCUGCCAAGUCUGACCUUGAAAGCGCCCAAGAAAAGUCUACGAAGGAGAUUGAGAAAUUGAAGGAAGAUUUCUCAUCCAAGAUAUCUGCGCUAGAGGCUCGCGCUGCGGAUGCCGAGCGCAAGGCAAAGGAGGCCGAGUCACAAGCCUCGGAGAAGUCAAUGAAGGACAUCCAAGCUGCCAAUGACGGAUUCUCAUCCAAGAUCUCUGCACUAGAGACUCGCGCUGCCGAGGCCGAGCGCAAGGCAAAGGAAGCCGAGUCACAGGCCCAGAGCGCAGCUGCAGCGCUCAAAGAGAUCAAGGCCCAACUUGAGCGGGCCCAAGCAGAGGCCAAUGAGAAGGAAGAAGCUCGCCAGGCAACCCAAACAGAAUUGGAUGACCUGUUGAUCGUCUUUGGAGAUCUUGAGGCUAAGAGAACUGAGGAUAAGAAACGGCUCAAGGACCUCGGUCAAGAAGUUUCCGAGGCUGAGGAUGAUGAUGACGAGGACGAGGAAGAUGACGAAGACGAAGAGUAGCGGAUUCAAUGUUUUCCUCUUCGUAUAUAGCCACGAUGGACCACCAUCCUCAACCCUGCAUCUAUCUAGCGCGCUUGAAAAUCUUAUGCAUGACUCAUUUCGAGGUUUUGACUCUAUUUGUCACUAUCUGUCCAAAACUUGCGUGUGAUCCAU